UAUCAAGUGCAGCGUUAUAAAUUAACCAGCGCCGGUGAUUUCGGUACAGUCAUGCCUGAGGCCCCAAAGAUUUUCCGACAAUCUCUUGUGGUUUUGGAUAAAUAUAUUCAGUGUAUCGUUUGGACAGUCUGUGGUAUCAUAAUGUCAGUUAUCAUUUGUUAUUCCAUGGCUUUUCUUGUGUUGUCAUUUGAGGAAGCAGAUGGAUUAGAGUACAAACUCGUCAGCGUGAUUUUUCGCCAUGGAGAUCGAACUCCAGGCACUCAUACUUGUGAAUCUUUUCCGACGAGUCCAUAUUCAGAAUCAACAUUCUAUCCUCACGGUUAUGGACAACUAACCAAUACCGGAAAACAACGGGCUUAUGACCUUGGCUUGCGCAUCCGUGCCAGAUAUGAUGAUUUUUUGGGAGAUGUAUAUCAUCCUCACGCGAUAAUGGCCCGGAGUUCUUAUUUUGACAGAGCCAAAAUGUCUCUGCAAUUAGUAAUGGCAGCUAUGUUUCCACCUGCAAGUAUUCAAAUGUGGAAUGCAACAUUUAAUUGGCAGCCAGUGGUCAUGCAUCAACCAGCAGGGAAAAAAGAUAAUCUGAUUUCCAUAAUCAAGUGCCAAAACUUUUACGCUGAGCUCCAGAAUGUAAUGAAGCUUCCUAAAUUUCAAGAGGAAUUCCAAAGAUUAGAAGAUCUCCCGAAGGAUCUUUCUGAGUGGACAGGGACACCGAUAAAAAAUUCAAUUGACUUAUGUUAUCUUUAUCACGGCUUAACAGCCCUGCAGUCUAUGGGCCUUAAGCUACCGGAAUGGACUGCUGGUAUUUUUCCAGAUGGAAUAAUAACGGAUGCUGCGACUACACUGUAUCGAAUUCUCGGCUACACGGAAAAAAUUAGACGUCUGGUUGGAGGAAGGGUUUUAAAGCACUUUAUAGACACCAUGCGGAGUGUUAUAAAAGGUGAGUCAAAAAAAAAAAUGAUAUUACUGAGUGGUCAUGAGCUGAAUGUCUCCUCUUUCCUGUCAAUCUUCGGUUAUCUACCCCAUAUACCGCAGUAUUCGAGUGCAGUUUUCGUGGAGUUACUGGCGAAGGGUGAUAACUAUUACAUCAGCAUUCAUUAUUUUCUGGGGAUUCCGCCACAGACAGAAACAAUAAAAAUACCCGGGUGUGGAACAGUAUGUCCAUUCAAUAAGUUCAUCGACUUAUUCAGUGGCAACAUGGCCACAGAGGAGGACAUGAUGUGUGAAGACAUCGUGUCUAAGAACUAAUGUAUUAAUAACUGAUUGAAAUUAUGAUUAAAAGACAUUUUUCAUUUGUA